AUGCAAAUUAUAGCAAUAUUGUUUAUAGUCCUUACUGUUAUAAAAUUGUCAAUAUCAAAUUGUUACUGGAGCGAAAAUUGUCACUAUAAAUUUUUUUCAAGCAAAACGCCAUACCAGUUUGUCAGGGGAGAUAUCAGAGAUUCAAUUGUUAAAAUAAAAGGAUGUGACGUAAUUAGUGUCUGGAGUUUAGUAAGACAUGGAAAAAGAAACCCAGGUAUUGAUUUUGCACAGAACAUGCUAGAUGCGACAACAAUGAAAUACGCUGUCAAAUUGAACCAUGAAAAUGGUAAAGGCUCUAUGUGUGCUCAAGAUGUAGAAAAUUUAAAUAAUUGGGAAGCAGAUCCAAAUAUGUUUAAAAAUGUCCACCAUAUUGCUGCUGAAGGCUACCAAGAAAUGUUUGGUAUAGGAUACAGAAUUAGGAAAGCAUUUAAAGGCUUACUUACGUCUUUGGAUGAUAGAUAUUACAAGCUACGUUCAGCAUAUGGAGCUUGGAUAGAAAACGGGGUAAAAGGAUUUGUGGAAGGUUUCGGAAAUACGUCAAUGAUAAUUGAAAAAUCAAACCCCAUCUAUGACAUAACAGCUCCAUAUGAAGCUUGUAGUAUCUACGUAAAGAAAGUGAAAAAUAAUGAAGAAACAUAUGCAGAAGCAAAUAAGUACCAAAAUACAUCAGAGUAUCUUGCAGUAAAAAACAGAAUACAACAGCGAACGGGCAUUAAUUAUACGUUGACAAACGAGAAUAUAACAGCCUUAUAUGAUUUAUGCCGGUAUACCUCCUCAGGAAUAAAUAACGUAUUUAGUCCUUGGUGCGCGAUUUUUAAUAAAGAAGACUUACAAGCUGUAGAGUACGUAGGCGACUUGAGGCAUUUUUAUAGAAAUAGUUAUGGUAAUCCAAUCAAUAAAAUGUUUGGACGAAUUCCCCUAGCAGACUUGCUAGAAAGUUUUAAUAUGGCAAAAAAUGGAAAAGGAAAGAAGCUUACGGUGUACUUCUCUCACGCUACCAUGAUGGAUAUGGUAUACUCUGCCCUUGGAUUAUUUAAUGAUGACAUACCUCUACGUAGUGAUUUUAGGAAUCCUGAGAGGAAGUGGAGAUCAUCUAAAACGGCUUGUUUUGCCGCCAAUUUAAUAGCAACUUUAAACAGAUGUUCAAAUGAGGAGUCGACAGAUUAUAACGUCGCAUUUUAUAUGAACGAAGAACCUUUAAUAUCGAUCUGUAACGAAGGCGUUUGUUCGUGGAAAGAAUUUGAAAUAAAACUUAAACCUUUUAUUAAUACUACGAUGGACUUUUGUUAG